AUGGCAGUUCAUCCAUUUUCACAUACCGCUGCACUCAUUUUUCAUCGGUCAAAGAAGUUUGUUUUAAGAUUAAAUAGAAAGUAUAAUUCUGGCAAUAGUAGUAGUAAUAAUAGUUGUGGUAAAGUUAACAAACGUAAUCAACAAGAUAAUGAUCCCGAUUACCUUUAUAAACGGGGCGAGGUAUGUCUUUUUGGACGAGCUGGAGAACCAAAAGAUGAAAAGAAAGCAUUUGAUUAUUUUCAACGUGCUUCUAAAUUAAAUCAUACGGAAGCCCUGGGAGUUUUGGGCUUUUGUUAUGAAUUUGGAUUAGGUGUUGAAAAAGAUUUUAAACAUGCAGAGUUACAUUAUAUCCCAGCUGCAGAGUCUGGGAAUGGAUUGGCUCAAGCCAGACUUGCAUUUUUGAGAAAAUAUGGCCGGCCUUGUGUCCGCAUUGAUCGAGCUGAGGCCGAAAUGUGGCAACAAAAAGUUAAAGAACAAGGUGAAACAGCUAUUGCUUGGUUAUUUCAUGCGGCUUGUAAUGAAAAUCAUGCUGCUGCACAAUAUUCGUUGGGUGUAGAAAAGAACGAAUAUAUGGCAGUUAGUUGGUACCGUGAAGCUGCAGCACAAGACCAUGCUCGUGCACAAGACAAAUUGGGUGUAUGCCUUCAACUAGGUAUUGGAUGUGAGAAGGAUGAAGUAACUGCGUUACACUAUUUCCGCUUAGCCGCUGAACAGGAUCACCUGACUGCUAUGUACAACUUGGCUAAUGCGUUGGAGAAAGGAAUUGGUUGUGAGGUUGAUCUUGAAGGUGCUACGCAUUGGCUGGAAAGAGCAGCCAGCUCUGGUUGUAGAAGGAGCUGCGAACGACUAAAAAUAUUAUUAGUGAAAGAAUGUUUGGGACAAGAGACAAGUGGAAAUGUUUAUUUGACUGGAUAUUGCGCAGCAGCAGCAUGA